AUAUAUAGUACAACAAUGCCGGUUUAUUACAACACAAAAGAUGCUUGCCUAUAUCCACUCUCUCUGAUAAAGACACAAGGGUGAUGAUGGGAAUGGAGGUCUUCUGCAACUUGUUCCUUUUUUCUUUUUCAAUAAUGUUCUUGGUUUGUGCAUGGAGAGUGGUGAAUUGGGCAUGGAUUAGACCCAAAACUUUGGAGAAAUGGCUUAGGGGACAGGAUCUCAAGGGUAAUCCCUAUAGACUUUUCUAUGGGGACACAAAAGAGAUUGCCAAGAUGAUGAAUGAAACCAAGUCCAAACCCAUGAAUGUUCUUUCAGAUGAAGUAGUUCCUAGAGUAAUACCUUACUUCUUCGAAUCCAUCCAGAAACACGGUAAAAAUUCCUUCGUAUGGCUGGGGACAAUUCCCAUGGUGAUCAUCACAGACCCUGAUCAUGUGAAAGAGGUUCUGUCUAAGCACAACACUUUUCAGCAGAAUCUUGCGGAUCCAGUAGUGUAUAAAUUGUCACAAGGGCUACUUAAAUACGAGGGAGAUAAAUGGAGUAAACACAGAAAAAUAGCCAAUCCCGCCUUCCAAUUGGAGAAGUUAAAGCACAUGGUACCGGCUAUGUACAAGAUCUGUAGUGAAAUGGUGGGAAGAUGGGAGGAAAUUGUGUCGAGGAACGAAUCUGGGGAGCUGGAUGUGUGGCCUGAACUUAAAACCAUUGCAGUUAAUGUGAUUUCUCUUACAGCAUUCGGCAUCAGUUAUGAAACCGGAAGAAGGUUGUUUGAACUUCAACAUGAACUAGCUGAACAUGCUAGUGAGCUUAGGCAUUCAGUUUAUAUCCCUGGAGGGAGAUUUUUGCCAACAAAGAAGAACAGGAGAAUGAAUGGAAUUGAUAAGGAAAUCAAUACAGUACUCAAAAGGAUCAUCGAGAAAAGGAUCGGGGCAAUGAAAGAGGGGGAGGAGGCAAGUAACAAUUUAUUGGAUAUGUUACUGGAAUCCAACUUCAAAGAAAUGAAGCACCAUGGAAACCAGGAAUUCGGGAUGAGCAUUGAAGAUAUCAUUUCAGAGUGCAAGCUGUUUUACCUGGCUGGCCAGGAGACUACUUCAGAUUUACUUGUGUGGACAAUGAUUCUGCUAAGUAGAAACCAAGAAUGGCAAGAACUAGCCCGAGAGGAGGUCAUGCAUGUCUUUGGGGACGACAAACCUGAUUUCGAUGGACUAAAUCGCCUGAAAAUUGUGACAAUGAUUCUGAACGAGUCUUUGAGGCUAUACCCGCCAGUGCCAACACUAAUCCGAAUAGUGAAGGAAGAUGCUAAACUAGGAAACCUGUCUCUGCCAGCAGGGGUGCGGCUCCUAGUACCAAUAAUCUUUCUGCACCACGACCCCGAAAUGUGGGGUGAAGAUGCAAAUGAGUUCAACCCGGAGAGAUUCAGGGAAGGGGUAUCCAAGGCAACAAAUGGUAAAGCCUGUUAUCUACCCUUCAGCGGGGGGCCUAGAAUCUGCAUUGGCCUAAACUUCGCAAUGGUUGAAGCAAAAACAGCACUGUCUUGUAUCCUGCGACGCUUCUCCUUCAAGCUCUCUCCAUCCUAUGCUCAUGCUCCUUACACGGGUCUCACUACAAACCCUCUGUAUGGUGCCCCUCUUAUUCUGCAGAAGCUUUAGUUUCAGAAUUGCCAGAAAGCAGCAUCUUUAAGUUCUAUUGCAUUUUUAUGAGCUAGCUAGCUCUAUGUGUUACUUUUUGGCAGUGUUUGUAUCAAAUAAAAUAUACUCUGUAUCAAAUAAUAAAUGAGUACCCUCAGCUCAUUUUACUGCUUAAA